GGGUCGAGAGUGCGAGUUCGGGCCAUCUGAAACACAAUUACAAAUAGAUAAAUAAUACUAGUAGAGUCUUACUAUCAAAUAAAUAACCAUCACAGUGGGCCACCGUGUGAACAGCAAGGAUGCCACGUAACGGCUACGAAAAUGGAAUCCCAAAUGGCGACCUGGCCACCAAUGGGCAUUAUAACGAAAUCAAACCCACCUAUGCCCUGGAGCACUUGGCCACCUUCAAGCUGAAGAAUGAGGCGGAGAUCAAGCAGCCCAAGGAGAAGAUGAAGCUGCUGAUCGAACUGGACAAGACUGGAGGUAUCUGGCCGCACAAGAUGUUCAUGAGCUUCAAUGGCCAGUGGUUGGUGAUGCUCGACAGUGAGAUGAAGGAGAUUGAGAACUUCCCGGGCAGCCUGAUCACAGAGCCCACGGCCUUCAUUAGCGAGGAUCCCAAGGAGGCGUACAAUAAUAUCCUGAUAUUCUCGGUGCCCGGCAUUUCAUUGGGCAACACCGAAAUGCACAUCUUUCAGGUGGCCGACGUCAGUUCAGUGCAUCUGGUAGAGGAUCUAAAAACGCUGAGCAAAGGAACUCCCAUUACAGUGGAUCGCAACAAGACGCCCAUUCUGCUACCCAAGCCAGACAGAAGCCACAACCAUGAGGCAAAGGAUCAGUAUGGAAUCGCUGCUGCAGUAGCAGGAAUAGCAGCGGAAAAGAACGCCCUGGACAAGGAGCAAACGGAGCGGGCUGUGCAGGUGAUUAAUCACUGCUUCGAGGACAUUGAGCGUUUCAUGGCCCGACUUCAUUAUGCGGCCGAGGCCCUCAACGAGCUAAAGCUGCGCAAGGAGCAGCACAAUCCCCAUGGCGAAGGACUCUUAGUCCUGCGAUCCCGUCCACCUAUUGAGAGUGAAUUUCAUGACAUCCUGGCCAAGGUUAAACUGGCAUUGAUCUACUCCGUCCGACUGCAGAAUCACUUUAGCAAGUCCACCGAUCCGGUUCAUAAUGUUUUCAUCUCGCUGAACACCAUUGUCACCGUCUGCAAUGAUAUCUAUGUGGAUGCAGGCUUACCGGAGGCAGUGGUCAAUCCCCUCCUGCGCAGGGAAACGAUUGCCUUUCUCAACGGCGCCCUGGACUCCAACGAGAAGCAGCUGUGGCAGAGUCUAGGUCCCAACUGGACGGUGCCGAAGGAUCAAUUCAAGGAUCAUAAGAGCUCCUAUCAUCCAAUCUUCUACGACGACUGGUCUCCCGAUUGGGUGGUGGAUGAGGAGGUUCCGUACCUGGCUCCCGCACUAAAGAAGACCAAUACACCCUCGCCAUUGGCGGUACCUAUUCCAAUUCCACCGAGUCCAGAGGGCGGCAAUCGCACCUGGUUGAGUCGCCUCGAAAGCCGGAAUGUCAAGAUCGCUGAGGUGGCCUACAACAAGCAGUCGACCAACGACAAGGAGCUGAAGGUCACCAAGGGGGAGUAUCUGGAGAUUAUCGACGACUCCCGCAAUUGGUGGAAAGCUCGUAAUUCUUACGGCAACAUUGGCUACGUGCCGCACACCGUACUUACCCCGUAUAACUUUGAGCCCGGAGUAAAUGGCCGGGACAACGAGUCCUUGGCCUCGCUGGCUCUGGUGGAGAAUGGCGCCGAGUUCGCAGAUGCCAAUAACCCGUUGUACCGCAAUACUAUGGCCAUGUACACCGCUCCCGUGGAGCCGGUAACCAAUGGCAAAGCCAUGCCGCGAUCCUAUUCGAUGCCCAAUGUUCCCGUUCCGCCACCGAUGCCACCAAGUGACAGUCAGCCACCAACACCAAGCGGCACCCUCAAGCGGAACAUGGCGGCGGCCGGAGCUUUGGCAGCAAUGCGUGCCCGAAAUGAUUGUGAUGCCGAUGACGAGGCCUACUAUCUGCAGGAUGAUGUGAAUGAUGAGCUGAGGGUGGCUCUGCAGCAAAGACAGAAACGCAAGGAUCUUGAAAUCUUGAAGACACCGGAGAUCUUCAUCACACAGUACUCGAAGCCGCGGGAAGUGGAGGAGUGGCUACGUGGUAAAGGCUUCUCGGAUGCAAUCAUCAAGCGGCUUCACACGCUCAACGGCGAGGAGAUCUUUGCCCUGUCCCCGCACACCAUCGAAAGUUACUUUGGCCAGAGGGAGAGUCGUCGCCUCAUCUCCCAGAUUGUGCUGCAAAAGAACUUCUGCGAGUACAAAACCAUACGCUCUUCGGAACUGUCAGCCAAGUUGGCCAAGGCUAGGCAAAAGGCUGAUCAGUCAAAUGGCGAUCCCAAUGAGGUUUUCUAGGACUACCAAAGAUCCUGCGGAAUUUCUAUUGGUUCCGGCUGCAUAGUGGCGUCUGAAACUGAGCUCAACUGAAAUCAUAGAUAGCUCCGCAGACGCUAAAUUUUGCCAUUUAUUUAUUUAUGUGUAAUAUUCCUUCAUUUAUGUUAAACCGUGUUCAUACUUAUACAUUAAAGAAAAAAG